AUGUAUACGCACUUUCCUUCAAGCAACAAGCUACUCAUUUCCGCUCUCCUCUUAUCACCCCUCUCCUUAGCAGCCNCUUGUUCAUCAUGUAACGCCACGCCUUCUAUCGUAUCGAACUCGACGAUCCUCCCAUACCUUAACCCUCAACUCUGCAUACAAGACCGCCUUGACGACCUCCUCUCUCGCAUGGCCCUCGAAGAGAAAGCCGGUCAACUUUUCAUCAAACAGAUCCCCGCUGUCCCCAACGGCACAAUCGACAACACAACCACUGUUCUAGACGGCAACAGAAAUCUCACCACCGCACCACUGAUAACCGAGAAAUUGCUCUCGCACUUCAAUGUCAACAAUGCGAGAACAGCAAAGCAAAUGGCAGAAUGGCACAAUGCAAUCCAAAGAGUUGCCUUGGAGACUCGCCUCAAGAUCCCCGUCACCAUUGCCAGUGAACUCAGACAUGCGUUUGCCGACACGGUUGGGAGUUCCUUCGCGAGUGGCCAGUUCUCGAAGUUCCCGGAGAGUUUGGGUGUCGCAGCUUUGAGGGAUCCGGUGCUUGCUGAGCUUUAUGCAACGAUUGUCAGGGAAGAUUACUUGGCCGUAGGUAUCAGGAACGCCCUGCAGCCAAAGAUCGACGUGGUGACCGAACCACGUAUGGCUAGGAGCAGGCAAACUUUUGGCGAAGAUGCGAGCUUGACUGCCUCGAUGGUGGUCGCCCUGAUCAAAGGCUUCCAAGGCCCUGAACUGGGAUCGCACUCUGUGACCACAGUGACAAAGCAUUUUCCUGGCGCUGGACCCGCCAGGAAUGGUAACGAUUCGCACUUCGCAACGGGCAAGGACAAUACUUAUCUUGACGAUUUCCUCGACUAUCAUUUGAUUCCAUUCAAAGCGACCAUCGCGGCAGGAGGACGUCAAAUCAUGCCUUCUUAUGCUCGUCCCAUUGGCACCAAAUACCCAGAAGUAGCUUUUGGAUUGAAAAACCCCAUCAUCACUGGCUUGCUGAGAGAAGAGCUAGGGUUCGAUGGCAUCGUGGUCAGUGACUGGNGGUUAAUCACCGAUGCAGCAAUCAUGGGCGUGGUAGAACCAGCACGCGCUUGGGAAAUCGAAAAUACCACCGAGCUCGAACGAGCAAAGAUGGUCCUCGACGCUGGUGUCGAUCAGUUCGGCGGCGAAAUCCGUACAGAACUGCUCGUUCAACUCGUCAGGGAGGGCCAAAUCCCAAAACCGCGCCUAGACGUUUCUGUGCGCAAACUGCUACAGGAGAAUUUCUUACUCGGUCUCUUCGACAACAGAUUUGUGGAUCCAGAAGCUGCGGAUAAAGUGGUUGGAAACGCAUACAUCGCACGUAUCGGCAACGAGACGCAGAGACGCGCCUACACGCUUUUGACGAAUCAGAAUGAUAUCUUGCCUCUACGCCCUCAGAACGGCGUGAAAUUUUAUGCUCAAGGUUUCAACACCUCAUACCUCGAAGCCCGCAACUUGACCGUCGUCGCCUCACCUUCCGAAGCAGACUUCUGUUUCCUUCGGCUCAGCACACCCUGGGAGGCGCGCGGCUCACCCUUCCGCCAACAAUAUCACGAAGGCCGUCUCGACUUCAACGCCACUGAGAAAGUUGCUCACUCCGCUCUUUUGAACACUUGCCCCACGAUCGUGGAUAUCCUUUUGGAUAGGCUUGCAGUGAUUCCAGAAAUUGCCGAGGAGGCUGCGGCACUGUUUGGUCAUUAUGGAGCUAGUGUUGAUGCGUUUUUGGAUGUUGUGUUCAACAAGGAUGGGUGGAAGCCAGAGGGAAAGUUACCUUUUGAUUUACCAAGGAGUAUGGAGGCUGUGGAAGGGCAGGUUGCCGAUGUGCCUUUCGAUACAGAAGACCCUGUGUUCGAGUUCGGGCAUGGAUUAAGCUAUAGUAGAUCUGCAUUAUGUGCAUGA